UGUUCCUGCUCCUGACUCACCGCUCUUCGCUCUCGCCGAGUAGCAAGUCGGUCCGGAAGCCGCGCCGCAGCCAUGGCUUUUAAAGACACUGGAAAGACUCCCGUGGAGCCCGAGGUGGCGAUUCACCAGGUUAGAAUCACCCUCACCAGCCUCAACGUGAAGUCUUUGGAGAAGGUAUGUGCUGACCUGAUCAGAGGCGCGAAGGUAAAGAAUCUCAAAGUGAAAGGACCGGUUCGGAUGCCUACAAAGACUCUGAGAAUAACUAGAAGGAAAACUCCUUGUAGUGAAGGUUCUAAGACUUGGGAUCGUUUCCAGAUGAGGAUCCACAAGCGACUCAUUAACCUGCAGAAUCCUUCUGAGAUUGUCAAGCAGAUCACUUCCAUCAGUACUGAGCCAGGAGUCGAGGUUGAAGUCACCAUUGCAGAUGCUUAAAUCAACAUUUUUAAUAAAUUGAUAAUCAGUUGUUAAAA